AAUGUGACGUUUAAUAGUUUAAUAAAAUAGAUUGACAGAACUAUUGUGUUUAAGAAUAUUUUAUGAGUUUUAAAAAGCAUUCCAUGCAUUCUUGCGAGGUUUGAUCUUAUCACUUUCAGGUCUUCGCAGGACGUUAAAUGAUUUCCAGACUGUAUUCCCUCGAUUUAAAUAUUUUAAAAAAAUCUUUUUUAGAUUAUUUUCUAAUACAUUAUAUAAUGUUUUUCAACAUUGGAAAUUCAAGUUUUACACAAAUGUGUUUUUGUAAAAGUAUUACACCAACCAGCGAGUAUUCACAACAAUUCACUUUCCCCCCCCCUUUUCCACUUUUUAUGUUGCAUCCAUGUCCCAAAUGGUUCUAACUAAACAUCUCCAUAGCACCAUGCUGCCACCACUAUGUCCUAAGGAAGCUGGAGUUGAUCACCGGCCCCCCAACGUCUGUGUUGUGUCUCAUGGUUGGUGGAACUUGACACAUUCCAGGGUGUCAUGUUUCCACCUCAAAAAUGUAGAUGGGCGAGUUUGGAAAUGUCUGGCAUUUUGAAGUGGAAAAUUGCACAAUAAACUGCAAGCUUGCUUUAUAGCUUUUUAAUGAACGCAUAGUAUUUGGCGAGGGUGGCACAACUAGUUGCUAGUUGACAUGCAACCUUUGGUGUGCAAGAGUAGCAGAAGACUGGCCUUCCCACAGAUUUUUAAAGCAGAACAAGAUUUUUUUUCUUUUGUUUUACAGAUAUGCGACGUUCCUAUCAGGUACAGGUAGAUACUAGAUUUCAUUUCAGGACACAGAUAAGCAAAAAAAAAAAAGGAAAGAAGUUUGAAAGGAGCAACUCCAAACUCUUUUCAUUCAAAAAGGAAGUGGUCAGCUUCUACAUCAGCUCAUUUGGCCACUCUAUGCUCAAUAACCCAAAUUGACAUGUAGUGUGUUAAAAUUUUGUCUUCCAUUCAUAACAGCAUCAGCUUAAAGUUACUUUCGAGUACAAAUGGCACAUUGUAAGAAAAGUAGCUAAUGGUGUGUUACUUUCUUGAAGUAACACUUUGACGCAGCUACACCCUCACAACGACAGCAAGGACUGUUUGUUUGGACAAGUGAGACUUUCAGCUGCCUCCUUUCACUGUUGCCGCGUUUCACACAAUAUAAGUCUGUUCUGGGGACAUUUAGGAAAGACAACCUCUAUUUUAAUAUUUAGAUUAUAAUUUUGUAACAGUCAUUCAUCAUGGGGUGAAAGGCAGGUGGAUUAGGAUAUCAGUAAAACAUAUUUUUAAAUACCUGGGUAGAGUGCUGGUUUGCUAGAUCUCCCAGGAUCCCGUUCUCUGGACUUUUGCACCACUUGCCAAGUAAAUCUUCAUUUUAUUCACUCAAAUUCGAGCUGGAAAGUUUACGUCACUAACUUUGUCUUGUUCAGCUAUUAAGUUUUGCCUUAAUGCUAAAGUAUUGUUAUAUAUUUUUUUUCUUUUUACCAUAUUGACUUUGGUCAUCCAGCCAUAGAAAAUAACCUGUUUUGAUUACCCUACAAUGGCAAGCUACUGAGCAGUAAUAAUAAUUUUAUUGUGUGGCUACAAAACAGUCACUUUCCUCACAUACGUACACAACAAUAAACUUUUAUGACUGGCUUUCACCUUUGGGUUUUUAUUCAAAGUUCACCCGACAUCAAAGAGCUUGAAGAGCUUGUAUCGGGCGAACACAAUCGUUUGGCCUGACGAACGGAGGGGUUUGUUAAUCCGUUUAUGAGUUUGUCUUUGAUGACUGGAUGACAAGUUUUCAAACCCUCCAAUCCAGCAGCAGACUGAGAGAAACAAACCUGUCUGGACAGAGCAUUUUCUGUCACAACUCUCUGAAGCCAUGGCCAAGAACAUGACUCUGCUGUGGGGCUCCGGCUCGCCGCCCUGCUGGAGGGUCAUGAUCGCCCUGGAGGAGAAGAAGCUGCAGGGCUACAGCAGCAGACUGCUGUCCUUUGACAAAGAGGAGAUCAAGUCUCAGGAAGUGUUUAAUAUCAAUCCAAGGGGUCAGGUGCCGUCUUUUAAACAUGGGGACUUGGUCGUCAACGAAUCCUACGCAGCCUGUUUUUACCUGGAGAGCCAGUUCAAGUCUCAAGGAACAAAACUGAUCCCGGACAGCGCUGAAGAACAAGCGCUGAUGUACCAACGCAUGUUCGAGGGCCUCACCUUCUACGACAAACUGACUGCAGUUAUUUUCUAUGAAUACUACGUCCCCGAAGGCGAGAGGCUUGCCUCGACUGUGCAGAGACACAAAGAGGCUCUGAGGGCCGAGCUCAAACUCUGGGAGGGCUACUUGCACAAGACGGGCUCUGGCUCCAACCUGGCAGGGAAGUCUUUCACGCUCGCUGAUGUGGUCGUUUUCCCAACUGUUGCCACUCUUUUUAGAUUUGGGUUGUCUGAAAAGCGAUACCCCAGACUGGGAGAGUACUACGCUCUGCUGAGGGAGAGGCCGAGCGUCAAGGCCAGCUGGCCUCCCCAUUGGCUGGAGAACACCAAGGGACAAGACAUCCUGAACGACGUCUGACAAAGAAAUAUUUCAGUCAGACUGCGAAAGCAAAAUUUUAUAUGUUUUUUUUUUUGUAACUUCCCUGGAAAAAUGCAACCAUUUCGACAAUCUUGUAACGUGGAGUAGCAACAUGAUCGGAUAUUCCUCAUAAUA